AUGGUUUCCUCGAUUUCCAAUGGUCUCUACUCGCUGUGUAUUGCUUUCGUCUAUCGAUAUUAUGUGCUCUUGCAUUCGGGAUCCAUACGCACGAUUUAUCUGCUGCUCAUUUGCAUUCUAGUCGCUUGUCCCUCCGUUUUUCACGCGGUCAUCCUCUCCACCGUAGACGACAAUCCCGAGGCUCUAAAGCCUCUAUUGGCAUCGAUCUUCGGCUACAAUCUCACAAAUCUCGUCGUCUCCGGCCAUCUUUCGAUUCUCCGUUUCUGGACAAUGUACGCUAUCAUUUUCGCUUGUAGCAGCACCGUUGUCGCCUAUUCGAUCAUGUUUUUGUGUCGUCGGAGAGUGCUGAGUGCCCUCUCAACAAUGGAUAUGAGUCCAAAGACGAAAAUCGUUCAUCGAGACCUAAUGAUGGCUUUGACCGUGCAAUCGUUGCUUCCACUCGUCAUUGUCGUGUGUUCGAUGAUGUACGGCGCUCAGCAGUUGAAUUUCGUCCACUCAACCACCAUGGAACAAUUGGUUUUACUUAUAACCGCCUUCAAUCCGGUGCUCAGCCCGUUGUUCAGUCUCUAUUUCGUUCGACCAUAUCGAGAUUCGAUCCUCAAAUGGCUCAAUCGACCGAAGCUCCGGAAAGCACAUUUGCUAAGCAUCUCAGUCGCUUAUUCGAUGAAA